CGUUGCUGGUUACUGGUGGAUCGGAAGUAACUGUUUCUCCUUCAUAUAUCGAGAUGUUCAUUUAGAUAUGUUUAUUUAGAUAUUACACCGCGCGAAACUCUAGUCACGGACAGAAUGGCGACUCUGGAUCAGAAAUCACCCAAUGUGCUUCUCCAGAGCCUCUGCUGCAGAAUCACAGGGAAAAGCGAAGCCGAAGUUGCCCACCAGUUCCAGUUUGCAGUGCGAGUCAUUGGCAGUAACUACGCCCCCACUAUUGAACGGGAUGAAUUCCUGGUGACGGAGAAGAUCAAGAAAGAAUUGCUAAAGCAGCGGCGAGAGGCGGAUGCUGCUCUCUUCUCAGAGCUGCACAGAAAACUUCAGACGCAGGGUGUUCUCAAACAUCGCUGGUCUGUUCUUUACUUGUUGCUCAUCCUCGCUGAGGACCCACGCAAGCCCUCCAGCAGGGUUGGAAACUACGGGGCUGUGUUUGCCCAGGCCCUCCCCAGAGAUGCUCACUCCACGCCGUUCUACUGCACUCGACCCCAGAGUCUGGCCCUGGGCUACGGGGAGAGGUGUGCUGGGCUGUCAGCCAGCAUGGCCACCAGUGGGAUCUCAAGUCUGGGAGUCUACACGCUCAACGGACCCACUCCAACUCCGCAGUCGCUGUUGGCAGGUCAACCUGCUCCAUCUGCAGUCGGAGGCGCUCCGCCUUUGGGUUCUCGACUGGCCUGGGCUCUUCCCACAAGCUCUUCCCCCUCAGCCGUGGGCCCAGCCACCAUUCGGCCACCCCUCGGACCAUCGCUUUCUACAACCAGAGCGCUCCGCCCUCGACAAGAUGGCGAUGCAGCUGGUGAGGUGAGCGAGGCAUCGCUGGUGCGGGACAUCCUCUAUGUCUUCCAGGGGAUCGAUGGCAAGUUCGUCAAGAUGAGCGCACAAGAUAAUUGUUACAAAAUAGACACCAAGGUGGUGGUGAACAAAUCCCUGCGGGACACCUGCAGCAGACUGGCGGAGCUUGGCUGGCUCCACAAUAAAGUGCGGAAGUACACCGACGCCAGGAGCUUGGAUCGGGCCUUUGGACUGGUUGGACAGAGCUUCUGUGCGUCGCUCCACCAGGAGCUGAAGGAGUAUUAUAGGCUCCUCUCCGUCCUCCACUCUCAGUUGCAGGUAGAGGAUGACCAAGGUGUCAACAUGUGCACAGAGAGCACGUUGACUCUCAGAAGACUCUUGGUCUGGAUGUACGACCCCAAAGUGCGGCUCAAAAUGCUGGCCGCCCUCGUUGACUUCUGCCAAGGCCGGAAGGGUGGCGAGCUGGCCUCCGCUGUUCACGCCUACGGGAAAACAGGAGACCCACAAAUGAGGGCGCUGGUGCAACACAUCCUCAGCUUGGUGUCACACCCCAUCCUUAACUUCUUGUAUCGGUGGAUCUAUGAUGGAGAACUUGAGGACACUUACCAUGAGUUCUUUGUAGCAUCAGAUCCAAACGUGAAGACUGAUCGCCUGUGGCACGACAAGUACUCUCUCAGGAAGUCAAUGAUCCCUUCGUUCAUCACCAUGGACCAGGCUCGCAAGGUUCUGCUGAUCGGUAAAUCCAUCAACUUCCUGCACCAGGUUUGUCAUGACAGAACGCCGCCAGGCAAAAUCACACCAGCGUCCAAGUCUGCAGACACACCCAAAGAUGCAGCGGAACUCCUAUCAGACCUGGAGGGAGCGUUUCAAGAGAAGAUUGACGCCGCCUACUUUGACACCAGUAAAUACCUGCUGGACGUCCUGAACAGGAACUACCUUCUGCUGGAGCAUCUGCAGGCCAUGCGGCGAUACCUGCUGCUGGGCCAGGGAGAUUUCAUCAGGCACCUCAUGGAUCUGCUCAAACCAGAGCUAGCGAGACCUGCCACCACUUUGUACCAACACAACCUGACAGGAAUCCUAGAGACGGCUGUUCGAGCCACCAACGCCCAGUAUGACAACAUGGAGGUCCUCAAGCGAUUGGAUGUACGACUGCUUGAGGUGUCCCCUGGCGAUACUGGCUGGGAUGUAUUCAGCCUGGAUUACCACGUGGAUGGACCCAUUGCUACGGUGUUCACGAGGGAAUGUAUGGGCCACUACCUGCGAGUGUUUAACUUCCUGUGGAGGGCCAAGAGGAUGGAGUACACCCUGACUGACAUCUGGAAAGGACAGAUGUGUAAUGCCAAGCUGCUCAAAACCAUGCCUGAGCUGUCAGGCGUGCUGCAUCAGUGUCACAUCCUGGCGUCUGAGAUGGUCCACUUCAUCCACCAAAUGCAGUACUACAUCACCUUUGAGGUGCUGGAAUGUUCCUGGGACGAGCUGUGGAACAAAGUACAGCAAGCGCAGGAUCUCGACCACAUCAUCGCUGCCCAUGAAGUCUUCCUGGACACCAUCAUCUCCAGAUGCCUGCUGGACAAUAACAGCAGGUCUCUUUUGAACCAGCUGAGGGCCAUCUUUGACCAAAUCAUCGAGUUCCAGAAUGCUCAGGACUCCCUCUAUCGCUCCGCACUGGAGGAGCUUGCCCUCCAGCUUCAGUUUGAGGAGAAGAAGAAGCAGAACGAGGAGGAGGGUCAGUGGGGCGUGACGGCCGAGCAGGAAGUGGAGGAGAAGAGGAGGAUUCGGGAGUUUCAGGAGACGAUACCAAAGAUGUGCUCCCAGCUCCGCAUCCUCACACACUUUUACCAGAGUAUUGUCCAGCAGUUCCUGGUGCUCCUCACUACCAGCUCGGACGAGAGCCUUCGUUUCCUCAGCUUCAGACUGGACUUCAACGAACACUACAGGGCCAGAGAGCCGAGGUUGCGAGCAUCGCUCGGAGCCACACGGGGGCGACGGAUGUCCAAUAUCUGACGUCAAGCUUUUGGAACAUAAAAAUCACAAACAGGGACGACCAGCACUUCACUCCGAGAUGACGUCCUGCCUUGAUGGACACUGUUGCACUGCACUUAACCUGGCAACAGUGGGGGUGAUGGCAUCCUAUUGGAAGAUCCAGGAAACUUUCAAAUUGUUUUUGUGUUUAAAGUACAGCCUUACUGAUUGGAAAAUAUGUUCCUCCACAUGGUUGUCAAGUUGCGCCCCAACACGCAUGUGUUUACAGCGGUGUGAAAAAGUAUUUUCCACCUUCCUGAUUCCUUCUUUUGUUUGCAUGUUUGUCACACUUAAAUGUUUCAGAUUAUCAAACAAAUGUAAAUAUUAGUCAAUGACAACACAACUCAACACGAAAUGCACUUUUUAUUUGAAACUUUUUAUUAAGGGAGAAAAAAAACCUACAUGGCCCUGUGUGAAAAAGUGAUUCCUCCCCCAUUAAAACAUAACUGAUUAAUUAAGAUCUAUCAGUGUGGAAAAGGUUAUAAAGCCAUUUCUAAAGCUUUGGGACUCCAGCCAACCACAGUGAGAGUCAUUAUCCACCAAUGGCCAAACCAUGGAACAGUGGUGAAACUUCCCAGGAGCGGCCGGCCAACCAAAAUGACCCCAAGAGCGCAGCCACAACUCAUCCGAGAGGUCACAAAAGACCCCACAACAACAUCCAAAGAACUGCAGGCCUCACUUGCCUCAGUUAAGGUCAGUGUUCAUGACUCCACCAUAAGAAAGACACUGGACAAAAACGACCUGCAUGGCAGAGUUCCAAGACCAAAACCACUGCUGAACAAAAAUAACAUUAAGGCUCGUCUCAUCUUGAUGAUCCCCAAGACCUUUGGGAAAAUACUCUGUGGUCUGACAGGACAAAAGUUGAACUUUUUGGAAGGUGUGUGUCCCAUUACAUCUGGCGUUUCAGAAAAAGAACAUCAUAGCAACAGUAAAAUGUGGUGGUGGUAGUGUGAUGGUCUUCAGGACCUGGAAGACUUGCUGUGAUGAAUGGAAGCAUGAAUUGUGCUGAUGGAGAAUGUCCGGCCAUCUUUGAUUUUGGUCUUUGGAGUGGUCUAGUCCAAGUCCUGACCUGAAUCCUAUUUCCUUAAAAAGGAAAAGCCUCCAAUGUGGCUGAAUGAUAACAAUUCUGCAAAAUUCCUCCCCAGCGCUGGAAGAGACUCAUUGCAAGUUAUCACAAACGCUUGAUUGCAGUUGUUGCUGCUAAGGGGGGCCCAACCACUUAUUAGCUUUAGGGGGCAAUCACUUUUUCACACAGGGCCAUGUAGCUUUGGAUUUGUUUUCUCCCUUAAUAAUAAUUAAUAUAAUAAUAAUAAUUUCAUUUAAAAACUGCAUUUUGUGUUGAGUUGUGUUGUCAUUGACUAAUAUUUACAUUUGUUUGAUGAUCUGAAAGAUUUAAGUGUUAAAAAUAAAAAAUGAGGAAGGGGGCAAACACUUUCACCCCACUGUACAUGCAUGCGUGUGUGUGUGUGUGUGUGUGUGUGUAUAGGAACAUCUUUACACCAGUGGCUUUGCAUCUCCUUAGAGCGAGAUGGGUCCGCUCACGAGUACAAUUUUGUAUUUGUAACGGUCAUAAAAACUUGUAUUUAAUCCAUUUUGUUACCAAUUUCUGUCUAUGAAAUGAAAUGCGUCUCGUACCGGUCGGAGCGUAUUUCUCAACAAAACACGGUCGACUGUCACAAUCAUACAUGAGCUGCUCGUCUGUGCUGCGAUGUUCAAAAGAAUGUUGACAAGCUCAUGCUGAUUCUUGCAGUGAAACCCAACACGUCACGCAAGUCGUACUGUUUCUUUUUUAUUAUUAAAUAAGGAGUUAAUUCCAAAAUGACAAAAAAAAGACUAGCAAGAGAGUAGUUAGUGGCAAAUAUUGAACUUUACCUCAGAUUAAAGAAAUAUAAUCAAUUGUAAUUCCGAUGGUCCGUUACAAAUAUAUUUUUUAAUGAGGUUUUUUUUUAGUUGUCAUGAAUAAUUGGUGCUGCACGUGUAAAUAAGUGACCUGAUGCUGAAACUGGCUGUGCUUUCUCUGUCCUCUGCGUUGCACAUCCCAUCAUGUGUCAACUUCACCGAGCUCACGUCUCACCUUGCCGUCAAUAAAGUCUGGUUUUUAA